GCAUUCAUUUUCCUCAGCACCGUCUUCCAACUCUUCCUCCUCGUCCCUCUCUUUUCUCCAGCACUCUCUCCCUUCUACCUUCUUCGAUCUCUUUCUUUUUGUCUUUCUCCUUUCGCUUCUAUCCCUUCCUUUUCCUCAUUCUUCCUAGAUCUGGGCUAGAUUUGGAUUUGUAUAAACCCAGAUUUAUGGGUUUUGAAACCAAGAAUUCUGGGUUCUUACAAAUCUAUUCUUGAAAUCCCUCCCUUCUACCUUCUCCGAUCAUCUAUCCCCUUCUUUCUUCGCCUCACCUCUCCUCUGCAUGCUCUUUCAUCAAACCCAGCAGAUUUGGGUUCGCGUGAAACCUAGCUAGAUGAAUUAGAUUCGAAUGAACUCAAAUUUGAGUUCGCGUGUGUCUAAAUGAAUUGGGUUCAGACAAACCCAAAUCUGGAUUUAAAUUAGAGUCUGGAAAUAAAUUUUCUUUCAUUUGUUAAAUGUUGAUUAAUAUUAAAUUAAUCCGGACGGGGAUUCAUACUCUGUAGUAAGUAUUGCUCUCUUAUAUAUAUAUUUACUAUAUACUUGUCACAUGCAUGCUGCAAAUGGUUGCCUCAGAGGAUAUUGGUGGACAAGUUUUGACGUAUGGGGAAAGUUAUGACUUGAGACAAUCCGGUUUCUGAGUUGGUUGACUUUGAUUCUUCAUUGAUAAUUGGAUAUGGAUUGCUAUGUUGGUGGCUUAUCACUGACCUCAAUAAAUUGCUUGGUGUGUGUAUAUAUAAGUAGAUUGAUGUUUUCUUUCAUCCUUAGGAAAGCUGUGGAACAUUUCUUGAAGGCCCUUGAAGAAGUCACACUGAAAGAUGUUUCUACAAUAGCCCAAAAGCUUCUAUCAUCUCCUCUCACAAUGGCAUCAUAUGGAAACGGUGUUUCCAAGUCUAGAAUAUAUAUACUGUUUUUGUUGUUAUUAAUGUCCUCAGCAAGUUCAAAUUCAAGUAAACGAGAUUGCUUUCUUGUGUCAAAGUGGGUAGUUGUCUCAACUGUUGUCUGUAAUUUUGUGCAUCUGCAAUUCCUUGGAGCAAUUUCACAGCAAGAUGAAGUUGUUGAAAAUGAAUCUAGACGUUGGCUUAUUUAACAAUAAAUAGUUUAUCGCAAGCAAGCAGCAUGAGUUGAGCUGGUUUGUUAUAGGGAUGCACUUCUGGACUAUUCUGUAUUCUUUGUACUCCGAUUUUACCAAUUCCGAUUAAUAAUGGUGUUCCCCUAAU